AUGAUGGGCGAAGAAGAAGACCAAGCAAAAGAAGGAGGAGGAGGAGGAAAAGAGGAGGAAAACGAAGAAAACGAAACCUUUAACAAAAACGACGACGAGAAUGACGAUCGAUCCUCGAAAGAAUAUCACGAGAAGUGGAGCAAGUUUACCGAGGAAGAAAUGCAGAAAAUCCAACUCGAAGAGGCUGAGUUGAAGCAAGAGAUGGAAAAACUGAGCGUCGCGAACGAGCUUGAAAAGAAGACGAAAAAAGCGCAGGAGGAGAAGAAACAAAUGCUGCGAGAGGCGAAAGAGAGGUGGGAACACUCGGAGGAAAAGGAAAUGUCGAGACGAGUGACGAUUGAGAAAGAAACGGAGGUGACGAGAGCGAUUCGCGCGGAGGAGUUGGAACAGAACUCGAAAUCGUUGCACUUUCGCGAGGUUGCGAAAUGUUCGUACGAGAUUAAGAAGUGCGCGAAACCGAUCAAGAUAUUCAUCGAGAGCGCCAAGGAUACGACGAUUUCGUGCGCGGGGACCGUGAAGACGUCGACGAUGGAGAUUUGGAACUGUAGCAAUUGCGAGAUUACGUUUGAAAGCGGCGCGGCGUCGACAAAGACGACGCAAAUAGACGAGUGUGAAAACGUUACGUUGUUGUUUCCAUCGAGAGAUACGAUUGGAUCGAUUUAUCACGCCACAACGAGUGGGUUAUCGUUGGUAUUUACAGAUGAGAGCAUGUUGGAUGGGAAGAACAUUCACGUCGUGGACGUGGAUGAUAACGAUUUUAGGGAAUUACAGAAGAAAGAGGAGAACGAAGAAAACAACGACGGAAGUAGUAGUAAUAGCAGAGUCAGGCAGCACGUCACGAGGUUUGUGAACGGUAAAAUUCUAACCGAACGCGUCAUACGCGGUAAAGACGAGUUUCCAACGACAGCGAGAGAGCUCAACGCGAAUUCCGUGGAAGAAGCCGAAGCAAAAGCGAAAGAGGAGAGACGCGCGGCGAAUAAGGCGAAAGGUAACGAGGCGUUUAAAGCCGGUGAUUACGGCUCCGCAAUCGCGCACUACGAGCUUUCGCUGCAAGAUACCGAGUUAGAUUCGGAUAAAUCAAUCGUUCACUCGAACAGAGCGGCGUGUUUCUUGAAGCUCGGAAGAUUAGAAGAGGCUUUGAAAGAGGCUGAACGAAGCGUAUCGCUGGACGAAAAGAACGUCAAGGGGAAUUUUAGAGUAGGAUUGGCUUUACACGCGCUCAAACGGUACGGGGAAGCCGUGAAAGCGUUGGAAAAAGCUCAGUCGCUUGAAAAGAAGAAGCAGAAUAAAGACAUAGAAAACGCAAUCAGAAUGGCUGAGUUCAUGGGAAGAAAGCAAGCAGCAGAAACAUCGGCGUAG